AUGUCCUGGAGGAGUCAAGGCAUCACGGGCUCGAACAACAUCCCGCUGGGGAAAUCGCGGCGCUUCGGCGGCGAAGAGGAAGAGGAUGGCUUUGUCGAGGAACGCGAUCUCAAACGGGGCCGCGAUCCUGAACCACGAAGCGAAGCCGAUGGCCCUCGCCGCCGCAAGAAGCGCAAUCGUUGGGGCGACGCGUCCGAGAACAAGGCUGCCGGUCUUAUGGGGCUCCCGACCGCCAUUCUCUCGUCCAUGACGAGCGAGCAGCUCGAGGCAUACACUCUGCAUCUUCGUAUCGAGGAAAUCAGCCAGAAGCUUCGCAUCGACGACGUCGUCCCCGCAGAUGGUGACCGAUCCCCUUCGCCACCACCCCAGUACGACAACCAUGGUCGACGUAUCAACACCCGAGAAUAUCGCUAUCGCAAGCGCCUCGAGGACGAGCGCCACAAGCUGGUCGAAAAGGCCAUGAAGACCAUUCCCAACUACCACCCGCCCCAGGAUUACCGCAGGCCGACAAAGACCCAGGAGAAAGUCUACGUGCCUGUUAACGACUACCCGGAGAUUAACUUCAUUGGUUUACUUAUCGGACCCCGUGGUAAUACACUAAAGAAGAUGGAGAAUGACUCUGGAGCCAAGAUUGCCAUUCGUGGCAAGGGCUCCGUCAAGGAGGGCAAGGGUCGCUCUGAUGCAGCUCACUCCAGUAACCAGGAGGAAGAUCUUCACUGUUUGAUCAUGGCAGAUACCGAAGAAAAGGUCAACAAGGCGAAGCAGCUCAUCCACAACGUUAUCGAAACCGCAGCUUCCAUUCCUGAAGGCCAAAACGAACUCAAGCGUAACCAGCUUCGAGAACUUGCGGCCCUCAACGGAACUCUUCGAGAUGACGAGAACCAAGCCUGUCAGAACUGUGGUAAGAUUGGACAUCGCAAAUACGAUUGUCCCGAGCGACAGAACUACACCGCCAGCAUCAUCUGCCGAGUCUGUGGCAAUGCCGGCCAUAUGGCUAGAGAUUGUCCGGACCGCCAGAGAGGUGCCAAUUGGCGCAACGAUGCGGGUGGUGCUCGACCUGCAGGUAGGAUCGGAGGUGGCGAUGCUGUUGAUCGUGAAAUGGAGCAACUCAUGCAAGAACUUGGCGGCGGCUCUGGAGCUGCCCCAGCGCAGAUCGAGGCCGGCCCAAGCAGCAACAACUACAAUGGAAACAGCGAAGCGAAGCCAUGGCAACGAGGACCUACUGGUGGACCCGCGCCCUGGAGAUCCCGCAACCAAGACUCUAAUGACGGAGGCAACGGCGGAAGCUCUGCGGCUCCUUGGGCACGCGAUCGCAAUCGCGGCCACGAGAAUAGCAACGGCAACGGUCACGGCGGCGAAAACAACUACUAUGGACAACAGAACUAUGGCUCUUCAUCUGGAGGAGCGGCUCCGUGGCACCAACAGGCUCACCAAGCACCGCAGCACCAGGCUCCUGGAAUGGGUGGGUAUCCCAACUACGCCGCUGCGUACGGUGCCUAUGGCGCUGCACCUGGUCUUGGUCCUCUCAACGCUCUCAUCCAGCAGUACUCAGGAUCAGCACCGCCGCCUCCUCCUCCUUCUGGAGAUGCUCCUCCUCCUCCUCCGAGCGAUCAGCCCCCUCCGCCUCCUCCCCCUGGCGCGUAA